CUUGUUCCGCCAGAGAGAGAAAGAGAGCGAGAGAUGGAAAAAGGAGGGAAGAACUGGAAUUUUCAGGCGACUCAAUCCCAAGACAUGAGCAAUGCUUCCGCCAUCACUGUCCGAGCAGUACUCAACAAGCUAAUGGGGAAUCUCAACAAAGACGAUCACAGGCAGAUUAUACCCCUCGGCCACGGUGACCCCUCGGCGUUUCCUUGCUUCCGCACCUCUAUCGCCGCCGAAGAUGCCCUCGUCGACGCUCUCAGAUCGGCUAAAUAUAAUCGCUAUGCGCCCACAGUUGGUCUUCUUCCUUCCAGAAGGGCUAUUGCAGAUCAUCUCAAUAUUGACCUCCCAUACAAGUUAUCGCCGGAUGAUGUGUAUAUUACACUUGGAUGUACACAAGCCAUUGAAAUCGCCAUAACAGCCCUUUCCCGCCCUGGUGCCAACAUUUUACUUCCAAAACCUGGCUUCCCGUAUUAUGAAGCUCAAGUGGCAGUUAGAUGUCUUGAAGCUCGCCAUUUCAAUCUUCUUCCUGAAAGUGGUUGGGAGGUUGAUCUUGAAGCUGUUGAGGCUCUUGCAGAUGAGAACACAAUUGCCAUGGUUAUCAUCAACCCUGGAAAUCCUUGUGGCAAUGUGUACAGUUAUGAACACUUGAAGAAAAUUGCGGAGACAGCCAGAAGGCUUGGUAUUCUGGUCAUUGCCGACGAAGUGUAUAACCAUCUUGCAUUUGGCAGUAACCCAUUUGUGCCAAUGGGAACAUUUGGAUCAAUAGCGCCUGUUCUUACACUCAGCUCUAUAUCGAAAAGAUGGAUUGUUCCUGGUUGGCGGCUGGGUUGGCUUGUCACUACUGAUCCCAAUGGCAUCCUUCAGAAAGCUGGGAUAGUUGAGUCCAUCAAGGGCUCUCUCGACCUCACUGCUGAUCCUGUGACCUUCAUUCAGGGGGCAAUUCCUCAAAUCCUUGAGAAUACGAAGGUUGAUUUCUUUUCAAAGAUAAUUGGCCUACUUAGAGAGGGUGCAGACACAUGUUGGGAUAAAAUUAAGGAGAUCCCUUGCAUCACUUGCCCAAAUAAACCAGAAGGAUCAAUGUUCGUAAUGGUUAAACUGAAUGUAGCACUACUGGAAGACAUCGACGAUGAUAUGGACUUCUGUCUUAAACUGGCUCAGGAAGAAUCAGUCAUUGUUCUACCCGGAAUAGUUGUGGGAUUGAGAAAUUGGCUCCGAAUAACUUUUGCUAUUGAGCCUUCAGCCCUGGAAGAUGGCCUUGAGAGAAUGAAGGCCUUCUACUUCAGGCAUGCCAAGAAGCAAGCAAUGAACUCUAUCCAGACUUAAUCAAGUGGAAUCAAUCAAUGGAUUGUUGAUUGAUUGUGGUUAGAUCUACGAGUCAGUUUAAGUAAUUAUGUAAUAAAAUCCUCCCAUGACAUGCUAUUGCGUUUCAAUUGAAAGUUGAGGCAGUGCAAGGGGUGGUGGUGUAGUGAAGAAAUCUGUUGCAGAUAAGAUUGCCAAAUCAAUUAAACUAUUUAUUAAGCUUUGCACCUGUUAAAAUGCAUCUAUUGUGUCCUAUGCUAUCCUGGAAGUAGUCCUAUGUCAUCUUCUGUAUGUUUAAAUCAGUCAAUGUGUAUUUUCAUAAUAAAAUAAUGGUUGGUUUGGUUGCAA